AUGGGUACACACAUAAGACCAUUGAAGUGUGUUCCCCCCUUGGAGCGUGAUCAUGGAGGCAGCUUCGUUCGGCCAUCCCAGGGGAUUCAGGAAGGGACCCUCUCCAAAGGCACCGCGGGGACCACUGUCCAGAGAGGCGCCAAAUGCGAUGAAAAUGCAUGUGCCAUUGGAUGUGCCAAUCAACCCAUCGUGCAGCUGGAGUGUCCACCAAAAAUGAAGACGGACGAGGUCCUUUUCGGAGGGGACCCAUCCCGACGGGGGGCAACAAAGGUUAAGAUGCCACACGGCAGGGUACCAUGUGGUGAGAUACGCCAUGAUGCACUACCAUCUGAUGAGAUAGGCCAUCUCGCGCUACCAAAUGAGCUACCCAGUAGGAAGGGAAAAUCCCUCGGGGGAGGGGCCACUUUGGAACACCGAUUAUUCGAAGAGGGGGGAAUAUAG